CUAGACCCGUGCUCGGAGGUACGGAACUGAAAGAGAAAUAAAUGUUAUAUGAAAUGUAAAGAAAAUACACACUCACCUAGAAAGGCAUUCUGACAGAGUCGCGUGGUUAAUUUGGAUGGCAGCACAAGGGAAUGAGCGGGGAGGCCCGAGGAGGAGACGGAACAGAUCAUCCAAUCAGAGACCGUAUGAUGAGGGGGGUGGCAGAAAUGGUGCCUAUGAUGAUCCCCACCAUCAAGGGCCAUACCAACCCAUGGGAGGAGGAGGGGGUGGACAUUAUCAACAGAUGGAUCAUCCACCCUCCUACCAUCAGGGAAACAGACCGUUGCCUAUAGAUCCAAGGACGGGCCGUCCGACUGUGAUGCCCUACCAACCCCAUCCUCAACACUCAGGAUAUCCCGGACCCUCUAGGCAACAGAGCCAGGGCCCCAGUAACCCCCAGAAUGAUGUUGGGGGUGGACAGAAGAAGAAUAGGAAUAGAGGAAAGGGGAGGGAAAAACAGCAGCAGCCUCAGCAGCCACAACAGCCACAGACAAAACAACAGCCACGUCAACAGCAGCAACAGCAGCAGCAGCAGCAGCCAAAGAUGAAGGGAAAUAAGGCUGUUAAGGGUCAAGAUCAAAGUUCUGUAAAUGCAUCUAGUGGGAAUGAUGGUGGAAGCAAGAAUGUUGGACAGCAGAACAAGGGAGUACCGGAAAAUAGGAAAAAAGGGGGAGCUGAAGAUUGUGAAGAAAAAGUUGAUAGUUCUACCUUGAGGGAAAUGGAAAAGCAGAAAGUGUUCCCCUUGAAAAAGAAAUCAGUCAAGUUCCCGAGAGCCAAGUUUUUCUGUCGCCUUUGUGAGUACCAUCUGGACAGAGUGCAGGAUUAUCUCAAGCAUGUGUCCGAGCCCAGACAUAGACGGAGGAAAGAGGUCACAGAUUCAGAGAACACAUUACGGUACAUGCCCCCUCCCACCAAGAAGCAGGUGCUUGCCCUGGACGAGCUGCUGGAGACAAUACACGCUGACCAUGGCCUGACAGAGGAGGAGCUGCAGCAAAGAAAGGAUAUUGUAAACAGAGUGGAAGACUUUAUCCACAAGCACUUACCAGGAGUGUCCCUCCAGAUGUAUGGGUCGUCUCUCACUGGCUUCGGCCUCAAGUCCAGUGAUAUCAACAUUGAUCUCUACUCCAAGGAUAUGGAAGGUCUGCCCAAAAAGCUGAUACAGAUUUUCGACAUUCUUAAAACUGCAGAGGAUCAAUUCAUGAAUGUACACAGCGACUUCUCGGCCAAGGUGCCUGCUUGUGUCUUUGUUGACCCAGACACAAAACUGGAGUGUAAGAUGACGAUCAACAGUCGGCCAGCGACAGCCACCAGUCAGCUUCUAGCAGUAUACAGUGAGAUGGACCCAAGAGUCAGGAAACUGGCUGUUGCAUUUAGAUACUGGGCCAAGGUUUGCCGCCUUGAUGUCCAGAGUGAAGGCACCCUGCCUGCUUAUGCCACAGCUCUGAUGACUGUCUUCUUCCUCCAACAACUGCAGCAACCAAUUUUACCUGUUUUGGCAUCGAAUCUACCUAAGAAUAUCGACACUGAUGUGUCCAACGCAUGGGUGGAGAGGAUGCAAGAGGAAGCACAGGGUUGGAAGAGCAAGAACACUAGUUCUCUUGGGACACUAUGGCUUGAGGUUCUCAGAUAUUUCAGCCUUGGCUUUGACACGGCCAUGUUUGUUGUGUGUCUGAGGCAACAGAAGAUGCUAGCUCGAGCAGAGAAGAAAUGGAACUCCAAGAAACUAGCCAUUGAAGAUCCAUUUUCCCAGAAGAGGAAUGUGGCUAGGACUGUGAGUAACACCAAGAUAUACGAAUAUUUCCAAGACAGUCUUCGGAAAGCCUACCACUACUUUGGUCUUCCCAGGAGUAAAGAAGGAGGAUCUCUUAUCAGCAAUGAAGUUCUCUCUGGUAUCGUGGAGAAAUCCAGGGGCAAGAAGAAGCAUCUGGGUGAGUUUGCUUCUGCGGACGCAGACGACACGGAUGAUGACACAGAUGCCGCCCGCGACUCCAGUGUUGAACCAGACGACCAUGAAGCAUCAGACGUCACGACAGGCGAAGGGGAAUCCUCCCCCGAGAGACAACUUUCUGACACAUUGCUAUCCCCUUCAGUGAACGAGAGCUGUAGCUCGGUUAGCACAUUGUGUGAGGAGGACUCAUCCAUCAUAUCAGCAGGUGUUAGUCAAAUGUCUCUGGAAAACCUUCAAGAGAAACCGGUGGAUGCAGACAUUCACACCUUCGCCAGGGACUUUGCUUUGAAGGUGGUUCAGAGUGCUGUGCUAGCUGUAUCUUCUAGUGAUACCCUAAGUGAGACUUGUACGUCAGAUGUGCCAAGUAAGUCCCAGGGUGAGGAAAAGGGUAGGUGUGAUGGUGAGGACAAGUGCCAAGGGGAGACAACUUCUGUGAUAAAGGAGAGCGAACAGUCUGUGAAUGAAACUAAAUCUGGACCCAUUUUAGUUGACUCGGUGCUAAAGGAACUGAACUUGGAGGAUAAGGAGUGUUUCUAUGAGUUUACAGCAAAAAUUCUAACUGAUGGCAAGGGCCCUGCAAUCAUCUGUGGUUACUGUGAGAAGGAAGGUCAUUUAAAGUCUGCCUGUCCUGAGGACCAGUUGCCAAAACUAGUAACCCUUCCUCCCGCCAAAAAAGUCUUUACAAAGAUGCUUUCUGUCACCAUUGAACAAGUUCCAAGAGAUUUUGGCCCAACAAAUAAAGAAAUGAAACAACGGGACUACAUACUGCAUGAGCUACAGGACUUCAUUCGUCAGCUCUAUCCAGGUGUGAUUCUCCGAUUAUUUGGUUCUUCCUGUAAUGGAUUUGGCUUUAGGAUGAGUGACCUUGACAUCUGCAUGACCUUCAACCAAUACAACAGUGCAAAGGAUGUAAAGUGCACAGAGAUAAUAGAGAAGCUAGCCAAGAAGCUAAAAGAGCACAGGGGCCUGUACCAGGUGGUGGCCAUCCCCACAGCCAAGGUGCCCAUCGUCAAGUUCCGGCACCGAGAGAGUCAGCUGGAGGCGGACAUCAGUCUCUACAACACUCUGGCCCAGCACAAUACCAAGCUGCUCCUGACAUACAGUGAGAUCGACCCACGAGUCAGGGCUUUAGGAUAUGCCUUCAAGGUGUUUGCUAAGGUGUGUGACAUCGGGGAUGCUUCCCGCGGAAGUCUGUCCUCGUAUGCCUACGUCCUUAUGCUGCUGCACUACCUCCAGCAGUGCAGGCCGCCCGUCAUCCCCGUGCUCCAGGAGCUGUACCAUGGCAAGAGCAAGCCAGAAUGGAUGGUCGAUGACUGCAACGCUUACUUCUUUGAGAACAUUGACCAGCUGCACAAGGUAUGGAAGGACUAUGGGAAGAACAACAUGAGCAUCGGUGAGCUCUGGCUGGGCUUGUUCCGCUACUACACAGAAGAGUUCAACUACAAGGAGAGGGUGGUCAGCAUUAGGCAGAAAGCUGCUCUAACCCGCUUCGAGAAACUCUGGAAUGGGAAGUGUCUUGCUAUUGAAGAUCCGUUUGAUUUGAAUCACAACCUCGGUGCUGGUCUUUCUAGAAAGAUGAACAAUUACAUCCUGAAAGCUUUCAUUCAUGGCCGAGAGUUGUAUGGUACGCCUAAAGAUGAGCAGUUGAUCGGGCAGAUAUACAGGACACUUGGGGACUACUGCUUUGACCGGUCUCUGCUGACAGAAGGCACGCCACCAAAUGACCGAGGGUGUCGAGUGUGUGGGAAGAUUGGACACAUUGCAAAAGAGUGCCCAAUUGUCACAAACAGGAAAGAAAGAGAGGAACGGGAGCGUCGGCAACGAGAAGAGCGACAGCGGGAAGAACGGCAGCGAGAAGAGCGAAAGCGAGAAGAGAGAGCAAGGGUGAACAAGAAGACUGAUCAGCCAGUAAACAUGGCCCUUCAGCAUGGCAUGUCACCUAACACACGUCCAGGGAAUAAGUCUCAGUCCUCCCCCAGCACCCCAGCUGUCAGUCACAUGGCCGCGCCCCCAGGCUUCAGGGAGAAGACGAAGAGGUCCCAGUCUAUGCCAGAAGGGCCCAGCUCUACAGCAGCUAACUUACAGAUGUCACCUCCUCCAGGCUACCAACACAUUCCAAUCUUGUAUGACCCCCAGCAGCAGCAGAUAUAUAUACAGGGGGGCAGUUCCUCCCCAGUAAACAUCCCCCACAUGGGAGGAGGGGGUGGUCCACUCAGCCCAACGGGCCAAAGCUGGCCAGACCAGAUGUCUCCUCUCCAAGGUCAAGCAGCUUCAGCAAUGCAUCAUGGGAUGACAUCAUCUUCCCUUCCCAUGAUGAAAUUUCAUGGACAGAACAACUACGUCCAAGUCCCCCUGUCUCAGGUGCUCAACGUCCCCACCCAGUCUCCUCCGACCCCCGGGCAGCAGAUCAUGAUGGCCAUCUCCCCACAGAAGCAGACCCCCAGGAUGGGCCACUCUACAGGCAUGCCCCAGGGGCCGUACACAUACGGUCAGCCCAUCCCCCAACCUCAGAUGCAUUCUCCUCCCCAGCAUGGCUAUGUGCAGUCCCCCCGGGUCCAGGAAUGCAGCAGCAGCAGCAGCAACAUCACUGAGGCAGGUCACACACUCCCCACAGCAAGGUGGAAAUCUAGUCCUAAACAUCACUGUCCCUAAUGAGAUGUACAACAACUAUAACAGCCACCCUCAGCAAUAGCCGCUGUCUCACUUUCAUCCACGAUGGGCAAGUUAUCUGCCCCUCAUUGAAGACAGAAGAGACCCUCUGUGACCCUGUUACAACACAGUUGGCACAAGAAUUCUGACCCUCAUCCAAGACAGAUUGGACAAGUCUCUUCAGUUUAGUUAGUCUGCGAGCAAUAGGAUUUUACAUAUCUCCGUUUUAAUUAGCCAUAUCAGUAGAAUCCGAGCUGAUGAAAAGAAUUCAUUUUAUUAAGUGACAUGAAAUAGAACAGAUUCAUUAUGCUACAGAUCAUUGUUGAUGGCAGGGAAGAAUGACAAGAACACAGGAACUCAUGCACCUUGACUUGUGACUAUUGGACAGAGAUAAUUAUGGAUGAGACCUGUCUAUGUAACUUUCUGUUGUUGAACUAUAGGUAGAUUGAAACACUGGCUGGUAAAGUAUUUGUUUGGCUUGUAGGAAUUCAGUCUGUCAAGAUUAUUAUGUUAUUACUUGAGCUGUGGCUCACUCACUCACUCACUCACUUGAGACUCUUGAGUCUUGUUCGGCUUAGUUUUGACUGUAUCUUGUGUGUUUACUCAUCAUGGAGAUAUCAUCAGUUAGGAAUACUCAGGAAUUUUCACUGUGGACAACUGUUUGGGCAGCGGGGUAGCCUAGUGGUUGAGACCUUUGUUCUUCACGCCGAGGAUCUGGGUUAAAUUCCCAAUAUGUGUACAAUGUGUGAAGCCCAUUUCUGGUGUCCCCAACGUGAUACUGAUGGAAUAUUGCUAAAAGCGGCGUAAAACUAAACUCACUCACACACUCACUCUUAGUUAUGUUGAAAUUCAGAUUAUAAUAAAAGAUAUCUUUGGUCAUAACAACUUCCUUGUAUGAUGAUAAUAUUACUCUCAGGCUGUUCUUUACAAAUUUUGCGCCCAGCAAGCAUGACUGGAAAUGGUGCUCUUUGGUACUUAUGUUGUCCAAGUCUCUAAAGCAACCAUUGAAAAAAUGACAACAAUUAACAUAUUGAUGGUGAUGUAUUUGAUGAUAGGCUUUAUGGUAGUUCCAGAGGUGUAUGGGGCGGAGGGGGAGCCUGAUGGGUAAAGCGACCGCUCAUCACGCUGUAGGCCUGGAUUCCCCACAUGGGCACAUUGUGUGAAGCCCAUUUCUGGUGUCCCCUGUCAUGAUAUUGGUGGAAUAUUGCUAAAAGCGGUGUAAAACCAUACUCACUCAUUCCAGAGGUGUAUUGAGGGCAAGCCAAGGGUAUCUUGAUAAAACAAAAGGAUAGAACAGGCCCCAUAGCCUGUGUUGCUCCAAAGAGAUGACCCAAUGGUGUGUUGUUGUCGUGUCUGGGCUUUAGUGACAAGGAUCAUUGUUCACAAUGUCAAUCACUGGAUUGUCUGGUCAAGACUCAAAGAGCCCUUUGUCUUACAGCUGGAACGUUGCUGAGUACAAUGUUAAACAAUCAACAAACUGAUUGCUGAAACUAUCACUCCUUCAUAUAUGGACAAUAUUGAUUUGCUGUUCUUGAAACAUGGCGCUACAAAAAUAAACAAAAUGACAAAUUUCUUAUGAAGAUUAAAAUGUUCAAAAUACUAAUUAACACACUUUUCUACUUAGUUUUAUUUGCGUUUCCAUUGACAGGACUGUAAAACAUGAGUGAAAAGCAUUAAUGUCUCUUAGCACACAACACCUUAAUGAUCUUGAUUUUUAUCGUCCCACACGCUUACUGCUAAUCAUAUAAUUAAACUGCAAUGUACUUAUAGUUUUGUUAACCUUGACAUGUAGUAUCUAUUUGCAGUAUCUUUGAUCUGCUACUCGCCAUUAUAUAAUGUCAUUUUGUAUAUAAAGAUCUUUCCUAUUUUCAGUGUACGAUAUGUAUGAAAUUUCAUUAGUCAUUGUUCUUUGUUUUAUCCGCCUUUCAUGCAACAAAAAAUCACGACUGUAACCUGAACUUUCUACUGAUAAUCAUGGUGACAAAACCUUAUUGUGAUUUUUAUCCUAGGUUUUACUUGUAAAUAGUAAAGAUUCAGAACACAGGGGAUUUUUCUUUGCACAUAUAUUUAUUGUGGAUAGAUAGUUUUUUGUUUUCUUGUCCAUUCCAAGGUCAUUUAUUUUGUUUAAAUGGACAUUUUAAUAUGAAACAUUUUUAGAAUUUUUUCUACUGUUGAUUUUCAUUUUAGUUUGAAUACUUUUGGAGGGCUCAAUGCCUUUGAUAUUACAAACCUAUAUUCAUGAUGACUUAGUUUGAAUAUUAUGUCGCCAGAACUACAGUACAGAAGCUAAAUUAUUUCCGAUAUGUUUACCAAUUCACUUAUCUUUGAUCUCCCAAAACAAACAAUCAGGAUAACCAAUGAAAGCCAAAUGUGUCUGAUUAAUGGCACUUUUUAAGUAAUGAAAUGAACUAUGUUUUGAAAUUUAAUGUGUAGAUUAUGAAUAGAGUAUGAAAUAACUAAAAACCUCAAAAAGGUAUUUUUUGCAGUUCUCUGUUUUUUAUUAACCUAAUGUUUUUGUCAGGAAAUGACAUGACUUGGAGAACAGGUGUAUUACAGCAUUGCCUCGACAUUCCAGGGCCCUGUUUCUCAAAGCAGUCUUGGUGUUUCAACUAUUGUAAGUCUGUGUUAACGUAUUGGAGGUACGAUUUCCUAGCGACACAAUCACAUGUUUGAAUGGCGCCCAGAUUUGUACACAUGAUGUUCCUCGAUCACCUGUGAAUGCAUAGUAUGCUAAUGUAGUUACCACUUGUACCCUGUGAGAACGAACUCAGCAAGUGUUUUUACCAAUGAGAUGACGUCUCACAAGCAGCUAUACUCUUCCACAUACCAGAGCAUGUACCACUGCCUUGCAGCCAUCUUGUCUACACAUGGCUUCAGUAUCAAACAAUUACGGGGUUCACACAAAGUUCAUGUACAGAGUUGGGUUCUUUGACUUCCAGAGAUAUACAGCCUUGUGUCAUUAAGAUAGAUUUCAUAUCAACACUGUUCUAACUGAAUCUGGGUUGGUGGAGUGGCCAAGUGGUUAAAGCAUUCGCUCGUCACACCGAAGAUCCUGGUUCGAUUCCCCACUUGGUGUACUCAAAUUGAAUGCAUUCAUGUGUGAUUGAGGAAUGUUAUUUCUAUACAAAUCCAUGAAUUGUAGACACUGCUAGUAUUGCUGAAUCGGUUUUAUGGUGUGGCAUGGAACAGCUUUCGUUUGAAUGCCACAUUGACAAAUAUUAAGAAAUUUUGUUUAAAAAUAAUACUUUGUUACAGUUACAGAGCAGCCAUGGUUGGAAUGCUGUGUUUCAAUAUCAACCAGCUAUGACAGAUUAAGUGUACAUACAAACAAAUUUAACUUUUUUAACAAUCUUUUGUGGAAGAUUUUUUCAAGUCGAUUUUGAUCUUGAUCAGAUGAUCUGUCAUGAAAUUGUAUGUUUUUGAAACAUCACUAAAACACUUUGAAAUUCAUUCAAUCAUGGACUGUAAGAUGGCAGCUAUUCUAACAAAUUGUAUACUCUAUAUCAUGAUUUUCUUUUUAUUCUAUUCCAUCAAAAUAUCAUUUUAUAAGUUUCAUUUCUUUACCAUGUCUCGUAUAAAUGUAGUAAUGUUACUUCAUAAAUCCAUGUUUAACCUUAUAUUAAGAAUGUUUACGAUGUGAGUGUUGACUACUAACUACUAACUACUCGCUAGCAAGGGCAAAUCAUUGUAUAUUCCAAGUUAAGGGGUCAGUAGGGGGCUGGGAUUUGGUAUGGAGAUUACUGGGGUGGGUAUUGUUACCUGCUUAGCCAGAUAGUUUUGUAGUUGAAACUUAGAGCCUGCAUAUGUUUCAAGAGGAACAACUUGAAACAAUCUAUUUUUGGCAGACAGUAACAAAGAUAAGCAUCAAAUAAUGCAAGUUUUAUGAAGAUUUUAGUUUUCAACAUAGUUUUCAAUGUACAAAAUCCCUUGAACAAAACAUAUAAACAAUAAAUCUAUGUACAAGAUCUUACCAUCUUUUAUCUUAAAACCAUCUUUUGUUUGUCAUAACCAGAUGUCCUAAUAAUUAUGUUGUGGAAUUCCAUUUCAAAUCUGACUUCACUGACAUGUAAAUACAAUUGACAUUGUAAUCAGCAAGGGGCGGUGGGGUAGCCUAGUGGUUAAAGCGUUGGCUCGUCACGCCGAAGACCCAGGUUCGAAUCCCCGCAUGGGUACAAUGUGUGAAGCCCAUUUCUGGUGUCCCCCGCUGUGAUGUUGCUGGAAUAUUGCUGAAAGCGGCGUAAAUCCAAACUUAGUCAGUCAGUCAGUGUUAUCAGCAACCAUACAUUAACUACUGCUGAACAACAUAUAUAACACUAGAGAGAUAAAGAUCACCUGAUUUUGUCACGUGGCUACAGUUAAUGUGUAAUGACAUGACAGAAUAACUGUGAUGAUUUGGAAAAAUCAAGUGUUCCUUAGCAUCUAUUGAGUAGUAUAUUUGUGUAAUACACAUGUCAGUCUUCAUCCACAUGUCAGCUGUAAUACACAUGUCAGCUGUAAUACACUUGUCAGCUGUAAUACACAUGUCAGCUGUAAUACACAUGUCAGUCUUCAUCCACAUGUCAGCUGUAAUACACUUGUCAGCUGUAAUACACGUGUCAGUCUUCAUCCACAUGUCAGCUGUAAUACACAUGUCAGUCUUCAUCCACAUGUCAGCUGUAAUACACUUGUCCAUUUGUUAUGGAAUGUUAUAUUUCUACAUAUUUUGAUGGAAUAUAUUGUUGGUUUCUUAAAGAAACCCUAACACUGUGGUUACAGAGUCAACAUGUCCACCUAUAGGGUGACAGUCUUUCUUAUAAAAUCAAGGCAAAGCUUAAUUUGUUCUAGUGUUCCCCUGUUAUAUGUAUAUUGUGUGUAAAGUAUGUAAAUACUGUUGGUCUGUUUUUAUUACCAUUGGAUCUUGUACAUAAUUCAUCUUUAAAGCAAACUUGUGUACAUUUGGCUGCCUUCUUUAAUUUGUGUUUCUCAGGCCUCUUGUAGAACAUCAGUAACCAUGGUAACUGCUCUGACAAAUAUCUUUUUAAUGUGGUAUAUGAGUACUCCAUUCAUUUCAACUACUUAAUUCCUAAGAUGGGGUUGAUUCUCAUCAGUAAUGAUACCUUUAAGUUAGAUAUGUACAUUUUUUUAAAAGGAACACACUUCAGAUUACUUUGUCAUUUACCUUGGAUCAGUUGGUGGGUUAGUAGUUUUCAUGUAUGAAGUGGCGCACCUUGAUUGGCAAAGUGAGGCUCCGAAAUGAAAGGGAAAUUAAGUAUGCAUGUAUCUGUACAGGGGUUUUAUAUACAAUGAGAAAAGGUCUAGGAGAAAAGGCAACAGACCGAAGUAUUGGCACUGAGAAGCACUAAUGAUGUGGACAGCUGUAGUGAUAUUAGGAUUGUAAUUUUGUUUUACAGUAACUAGGACUGAUGCUGGAUAUUGGUGUAAGUGGUGGCAAAGUGGUUUUAGAUCAGCAUCUUUUGAGAGUAGAGAUACAUGACAUGAUUGAGAAUGGAACUGAUUUGAAUGUAAUUUAAAAUGGGUAAAAAAUAAACCAAAAGAACAAUGUG